GUGUGUGAAUGUGUAAAGAGACAGAAGGAUCGGUCGUGGUGCUUAAAUCCAGCUGGCUGUCCACUGGGAAUGUAAUCCAUAUUCGUGCUCGGGUUCAGCUACAGGAGAAAGAAGAGAUAUCACCAGGAAAGAAGCAAUUGUUUUUGCUUUUCUUGUUUAAAUUCCACUCAUACCCACUCCUGGAUCCUGGCUUGCCUUUUUCAGCCAGGAAGUGAGAGACUGAAAAAACAGCAAAGGCAAGCAGUAGUAGAAGGCUCAGGAGUGGAAAGAGUGUGAUGAUGGAAGGAGAGGAGAAGGUGGAUGAGGGUGCAGUGUGUCAGAAUGAGCCGAACGGGCCAGGUGGGCUCCAAGUGAUCCAUACCCAUCUGGAGGAGAACGGACAGAUCCAGAAAGAGUUGCUGAGCUCAGAUUCGGACAUGAAUGGCAAGACGGGUAGCAGAGGGCACGUAAACAACGCUGUUGAGGCAAACAGCAAUGCGAACAACCUCAGCAUGGCAUCUCAUUCGACCCCAGAGGCCCAGAAUCACUCACAGCCGGUUUCACGGACGCCCAAAAGAGCUGCCACAUUUGGGAAGCGCUCCAAUUCCAUGCGCCGUAACCCAAAAGCUGAAGUCACCAAACAAGGCUGGCUUCAUAAACAGGCCAGCAGUGGUGUGAAGCAGUGGAACAAGCGCUGGUUUGUGCUCACAGAUCGAUGCCUCUUCUACUAUAAAGACGAGAAAGAAGAAGUUGUCCUGGGAAGCCUUCCUCUCCUCAGCUUUAAGAUCGGGCCAAUCCAUCCUUCAGACAACAUCAGCCGCAAGUUUGCAUUUAAGGUGUGGUUUGAGAAGGAGGAAGAAGAUAUGGAGGGGGAAAAGGAGGAAGGUCAGGAAGCUAAAGGAAGUAUUCCAUUCUGUUUACAGGCCGAACACGCUGGGACUCGUACAUAUUACUUCAGCACUGACAGCUUGGAGGAUAGGGAGGAGUGGGUCCAAGCCAUGAGUGAGGCAGCCAAGGUCCACAUUUCACCACCAACUAGACAAACCUCAGACUCCACGCCUACAGAAGAACAGAACCAUGUACCAGUGACACAAGGGACAGAGAUGAACUCUUGUCCAGAAGAUGAAAACUCAAGGACUGACAAGCAACAUGAGCCUGUGAAACGAGGAGUAAAUGGGGUAGACAGAAAAGAGAUAUCAGGUUCCACCACACCUAUGUCGACAGAUAUGGACAGUCGGCAAGGGGAGAGGGGGUGCCCACCUCCUCACCAUCCUAAUGGAUGGGGCAACUAUGGUUCACGCUACCCUUCCCAGGAGAACAUAAGAGAGGUGCGUGAAGUGCAGCCUGAACCCCAAGAGAAUAUGGUCCUACGCAGGGGCUUUGUGCCCAGGACGGGACCUGAGAGGAUGGCACAGAGGAAAAGCUCUAUGACGCAGCUACAGCAGUGGGUAAAUCAGCGACGUGGCAUGAUGCCUCAGGAGGACCUGCGGAGUCCAUCAAGGUAUUACACAAUGAAUCGGGGCAUUUCAGCAGACUACUAUGCCAUGUACGGUGCCCCUCCGUACCCUGAAGAGUACUCAUUGUACCCUCCAGGAAUUCGGCCUGACAGCAUCUGCUCUAUGUCAGCUGCCUACAACAGGAUGCCGCCCCGUUGGACGGCAGAGGACAAGCGGCGUUCGCUGAGGGACACUCCUCUGUACGGGCCUCCCAGAGAGCCGCAGUGGGUGAUGGGGCCUCCCGGACCACAUCCCGCCUAUUACACCCAGCUAGAGUCAACCCAGGGGACCAUGAGACGUCUCUCAUUGCAGCCACGCUCACGCUCUGUGCCUCGCUCACCUUCUACGUCAUCGGGAGGUGCCUACUCACCUGGACCCCCGAACUUUAUCUCACCAGCACGUUCACCAAGUGUCCGGUUCGACAGAGUGCCCGGGCGGCUCAGAGACGAGGGAAUCUAUGCUGAUCCAUCAGUCUAUGGCAUGCGAAGGUCUCUCAGUUCCCCCAAGUAUGAUUUUGCUGGGGAUCGACGGUCUCUCACCCAAAAUCUUUACCCUUUCAAUUACCCAGUCUCUCCCUCUGUACAUGGCAAAAUGGAUGACAUUUUAGACCUGCAGCUUCAAAGGAACUUGGAUUACCUUGACCAGCAGGUGCCUCCAGCGCAUGAUAUUUACAGGGACCUGCAUCCUACACUGAAGCUCAAUGAAAUGGAAACCAGUAAACUUCUAAAUCGCUUGUUGGAACAGAACAGGUUUAUGAAGGAGCAGGAAGCUGUUGUACAUCGGUUACGAAUUGACAAGGAUAACUUAGAAGCCACUCUGGUGGCCACACAUCAGGACAUGGAGCUGUCCAGGACACAGCCACUGAUUAUGGAGAAACUGCAGAUGAAGAAGGAGAGCUUACAGAGCCAGCUCAUUAACGUCCGGGGCGAGCUCUCUCAGGCCUCCAACGCUCUGACCACAUCUAGAAUGGAGUUUGAGGCUCUGGAGGAUGAGGUAAACUCUAUUCAUGGUGACUUGUGGGAGCAGCUGAAUUCUGGAGGACAGAGUGAGCUGGUCCACCGACACCUGCAGAAAGAGUUCUGGAGGGUUCAAGAAGUUCUCGAGGGGCUGCACAAAAACAAUCCCUCUCGGGGCACAGACACAGCAAAACACAGAGCAGUCAGUGCAGCAUCAGGUUCCUUUAGCACAAACAGCCCAGCCAGCCCAUUGAGCUCUGUGAGUCUAACCAGCCCUCUCAGCCCCUUCUCACCUGUUCCUGGCACCCAGAAUUCACCCACAAAACAGCUGGCAACAGAGGAGAUUGGUCCUCCAAGGCCCCCGCUUCCUAAGUCUUAUCAGCCCCUGGAUCCCACCGCAAUCCUGCCCCCUAUCCCUCCCCUCCCUUCUAACAGCAAUGCCUGGCCACGCAGCAUGGACAGCUAUAAGGAAGACAAAGACACACACAGGCAAAAGCACAACUACACUUCAUUAGAGGAAAAGACCAAUGAGUAUGACUUGGAGCAAGACAGACAAGGCAAUAAAGUUGGUAUUGUCCCACCCAGGACCAAAUCUCCCAUGGAUGAGAAAGAUGGUGUUCAUAAGAGAAAUGGGAAAAUGCCUAAUGGUCACAUCUCCAGGGAGAGGCCGAAGAGUGCUGUAUUCGCGGCAGAAGCAAAGUCUAAGAUGAGUGUGGAGGAACAGAACGAGAGGAUACGUCGAAACCAGAGCAGUUCAGUCAGAGACAAGAGACGCAGCCUUAAUCUGUCCAACAACCAGAACUUGGAUGCCCUCAAACCUUCUGUCAACUAUAGAGUGGUGAGGAGAAGACUGACUGCCCACGAAGUGGACAUAAAGCACUUGGAGACAGCUAUAAGAGGGGAAGGCAUGGAGUCUCCAAGAGAAGAAAUAGCCCGUUUACGGAGACAAGUGGAGCCGGAGAAUUAUGAUCUGGAUAUCGGCAGAGAGCUGUCUGCCCCAGACAAAGUGGUAAUUCCAGAGCGUUAUUUGGACAUUGAACCUAGCACACCGCUCAGCCCAGAGGAGGAGAAGGAGAAACAGAAGAAGGUGGAACGGAUAAAGACACUCAUUGCCAAAUCAAACCUGCAGAAUAUUGUCCCGGCUUUGGAUGGCCCUGCAGAAACCCAGGCUAACCCUGAGCAGAAGCUGCAGGAACAGGAGAAACGCAUUGAGAUCUCCUGUGCUUUGGCUGCUGAAGCCUCCCGCCGGUCCCGCCUGCUCUCUGCCCAGAUCACCCAGAGCCCCCCUGCUUCCCCGACCAACCUUGCCCCUCUCCCUCCCCCUGGCUUCUCUGACUCCUCCCACAUCAUGAAGGUGUGAGUGUGUGAAGCCCACGCGCUGGCUGCUGUCAAGUUCGACGAUGGACCCUUCUGAGAGCGGCAAAGAAAAGACGUGUGAAAAGUCACUUAUAUUGUCCCAUCUCCCCCCAAACUGUGUUUCUAAUCUAUCAGUUACUGACACAGUAGAAGGAGGAAAGACUAGAAAAUGUUUGGAAGGUGGAGAUUCCAGGGUGUAAUCUCAAAGAUGCAGUACAGAGAUCUGUACAUGUAUGACGCAACAUGCUCAAGGUGGGCUCCUCUAACUCUCAGUCACAUCUUUCUCCUUCUUCUAAGCCCUUCCAUGUAGGACCUAAUGGCAGGACUGUACAGUGGAAACAACCAAUGUUGUAACAUAAUGAAAGCUGCAAACUAGCCAGAAAGCGAGGUUUGUUUACACAGAACUUAUCUACUCUGUAAUGACUGCAAUGAACGUUAUAUUAAUCGGGAAAAAAAGACUGGCCAGACGCAAAUGAAGACACAAGUACGUCAGAAACAGAACGACUGCUCAGGAACAGAGACGAAUAACAAGAUACAGUGUUACAGCAAGUGGAACAAGGGAGCCCUGGAAUACAGACAGGAAGUAGCAGGACCCAGAGCAACGCCAGGAAGAGGUUGACCAAAUGAGCACAUAGGUACAGAACUUGACCACAGAGAGACUGAAGACUAAUUCCAUAAAUCCUUAGAGUCUAAGUCUGCAUUUCAGGCUGCAAGCACUUGCCACAGCAGACUCAUCCAGUGACCAUAGACUGAUGUCGCAUUCUGUCUACAGUGAAAACGGAGCUCAAGUGGAAGACAGAUGAAAUUCAAAAAGUCAAAAAAGAAAGCAUCUCGGUUUGAAGCACUUGCAUGGGCACUUCGUUCCCUUCGUUCAUCUUUAUUUCCCCUUGUAAAAGGAGAUCAAGACUCACUGUGACUCCAUAAAUCCUUGUUUUUUAAAGUUUUAUUUACUUUAUGCUAAAUAAUAGGGCUUGAUGGGAACACUGGAUCCCAAGCACCAACAAUCCAUCUGAGUUCUGUUCAUACCACAGGUUCCUUAUGUGUCAAUUAACUCAGCAUAUACAGUACUAUAUCUCUAGACGGUAAAUAUAUAAAUAUAUUAAAUACAUUAAUUUAAUUUGUAAUCAAAGCCAUGUGGAUCUUUAUAAUGCUUUAUUUCUAGUAUUUUAGUUACCAUACAUGGUACCUAAAAUGUAAAAUGUCUGUGUGUGUGUGUAAAAUGAUUAUAAUUAAUUAUAAUUAGUAGGCUUUAGAUUUCCUGUUUAAAAAAGUGCCCUUAGAAUUGUAAGUCUGCUAGUUAAACAAUGUGUGUUUUAGGGGAAGAGCGACAGCAGCUUGCAUCUCGACGUGUUAAACAAGUGAAAUUACAGCCCAUAAAACCCUUGUGAAUAUGGAGCCCAGUAGUGUAACACUGUGCCAUUGGGUAUUUCGUUUCUUUUCAUGCUUAGGCAAACAUAUCUGUUGUGUAAAUAUGGAUCUUGUUUGACAACAAAUUAAAGAGUAUUUUUGUAUCACUGACAAGGAGAGGAAAAAAAGCAGCUAGAUUUUAGUGGAUUGCAAAGUAAAGAAUAAUUUGCCAAACUGUAUGUCUUUAGUUUUUUUUGUUUUUGUUUUUUGUUUUUGUGCAUUUUGGUACCUAAGCAUAAGACAUCAUAAGACAGUGAAAUCAGACACGUCAUUAAGCCAUCGUCUCUGUGUGUGCGUUUUAAGUAAGAUCAGUCACGGCUGAAGUUAAAUCAAAUCCGUUUGCUUUUUGAGUGCACACGGUUUUAUGGGGGUUUUCUGUUACUCUUACUCCUUUGAACUCAUUAGCACAUGCAGCACAUAACAGAACCAUCUGAUAACAGGAACAGAGAUAAACGUGAUUAAUGACCCGGAAUUGGAUCAUCGGUUUCACAAAGGAAACAAACAAACAAAAAAAAAAAGAAAGUCCAAAAAACAGAAGUUCUAUUUUUAUUAUUUUAAAGAAAGGGACAAAUAAU